CUCUACAUACCGCAACUAGCGCGAGCCACACUCAGCCCAGACACACACCAGCGCGCGCGCACAUCACUGCCAGCCGACUGGGACUUCCGGAUUAUACCGGAAGCGGAAGUACAAAGCACAAGUGCUGAUCAGCAGUGUAGUAGAAGAAGAAGAAGAAGAACAAGAAGAAGAAGCAGCAGCAGCAGCAGAAGAAGAAGAAGCAGCAGCAGCAGCAGCAGCAGCAGCAGCAGAAGAAGAAACAGCAGCAGCAGAAGAAGAAGCAGCAGCAGCAGCAGAAGAAGAAGCAGAAGAAGAAGAAGAAGAAGCAGAAGAAGCAGAAGAGUCAUAUGUAAAGAGGUGGAGAGCAUGAUGGAGGAGGAGUGUGUGGAUGGAGGAGGAGAAGCUGUCCUGCAGCUCCACCUGCUCUGUGAUCCUCCAUCUUCCUGCACGGUGUCCGUGGGGACGGAUCUGUCCAUGGCCGACAUCUCGCAGCUCCACGCUGAAGUGUGUGAGCUCAGAGAGCUGGUGUCUGCGCUGGAGGAAAUGCUGCAGCGACAGAAAGCCAUAAACACUCGUCAGGAGGUGACGGGAGCUACACCAGCGUUGUGCUCCAUGUGUAAAGCUGAGCUCAACGCUACACAAGUGCGAGACUCUGCACAGAGUGUGUGUGAUGAGCGUGAGGCGUGUGAAGUAGAGUGCGCAUCACACACUCCGCUGAUGAUGUGUUCGGUGAAGAUGGUGGACUGUAGGACCAUGGAGCUGAUCCCACCGGUCACGAAUGAUGAGAAGGAGAAUGAUGAAGACGGAGAACCGAACACUAACGACGAGGACGUAAUUCCCCCCACCGACAGCGAUGAUGACGGAAGAAAACAACUGCGUGUUAACAAACUCAAACCCCAAACGAGAAAAGACGUGGGACAUGGGACAAGCUGUAAGGAACGAGGAUCUGAAGUGAACGGAGACGUUACGGAGACAUUUACAGAGACUAAGGACCUGAAGAGCGAUCGCGGCGUUCGAGAGAGACCGUUCAAGUGCUCGCAGUGCGACAGAAGCUACGGUACAGCGCCAAGCUUGCGGAACCACAUGAAGAGACACGCGAAGGAGAUGAGGUUCUGCUGUGAGGAGUGUGGGAAGGGGUUCGUGACGUCAGCCGAGCUGAAGCUGCACACGAGUCGACACACGGGGGUCAGCAGCUUCGUGUGUGAGGUGUGCGGACAGAACCUGGCCGGCUCGUCAGGCCUCAAAGCACACAUGAUGACGCACAGUGACGAGAGGCCGUUCUCCUGCAGGGAGUGCGGAAAGAUGUUCCGGACGAAGGGGAACCUCAAGGCCCACCUGAGGACGCACACCGGAGAGAAGCCGUACCGCUGCUCGUACUGCGAGAGAACGUUCAGCCACGCGCCGCGCGUCAAGGUGCACGAGCGCUCGCACACCAACGAGAAGCCGUUCAAAUGCCAAACCUGCGGAAAGACCUUCUCGCGCCUGGACAGUCUCCGGUCGCACGAGAGCGUCCACACCGGCCUGAAGCCGUACCAGUGCUCGCACUGCGGGAAGAGCUUCCGACAGGCCAGCCACCUGCUCUGUCACGAGAGGACGCACACCGGGGAGCGGCCGUACCUCUGCUCCGACUGCGGGAAGAGCUUCUCCAGCCACGGGCACUUCCGCAGCCACCGGCGCAUCCACACCGGCGAGCGGCCCUACCAGUGCACAGCCUGUGGCAAGAGCUUCAGGAAGCAGUUCACCCUACACCAGCACAGCAAGACGCACACCGGAGAGCGGCCGUACAAGUGCACGCAGUGCGACAAGAGCUUCGCACGGACCUGCACGCUGAAGCAGCACCAGAGAAUGCACUCGGGGGAAAAGCCGUACCAGUGCGCCAUCUGCGGCGAGAAAUUCGCCUUCCUUAGCUCACUACACCAACACCGGAAAAAACAUGGCCAAGACGGCGUGCAUGACAUCGUUAGCGCACAGUCCCUCGCUGCAGGGAUCUCCUCAGGAACUUAACACGAAACACCGACAGCCUGUAGCUCCAUGGGACACUAGGUGGGAAGAGGUUUGGGGAGGCCAUUUUAGGUUGAUGGUUGUUGGUUUGAAGGCUGUUCAGGUUUCUCAGUGCCAUUCAGUGCAAUAUGCAAAUCAUUACUGCUCUACACACGUCCAGGUACUAAAUAGCCAAGUCCAUGUGUAUAGUGUGUGUUUUUAAGACUUAGCAUUAAAAUAUUCCAGUUCUGUAAACGGUCAUUUAUUUAUUAGUUUUUUGUCCUUGGUGAGUAGAUGUUAGUCGACAUCUAGUCAAAAAUCAGGUCUUUCUUUUAAUUGCGUAAAGCCUUAAUCGAGAAUGUGAAGCUGAUCAUAUUUAUAUUUGACUUGAGUGAAUAAAUCAAUAAAUAAAUCA